UGGCGUGACAGCGUGACUCAUGAGUGACUGAUGGUGUUCGGAACCUGCUCUUCUCUUCUGCGUCCACCCACCUCCUUUGACGUUCAGGAUACAUUUUCUGUUCAUAAAGAAGAAGUAUUAACGGAAAAUUUGAAAACAAAGAGUGCAUUUUUUUUAAAGAGCUUGUGACCACGCCUUAACUGUUGGGGGCUUGGGGUGAGCUGCACCAGCCCCCAAGUUGCCCUUCGUACAAGAUGGCGGCCCAUUUCAGCAGGUGGUGGUUACACUUUGUAAUCGAACUUCUGGACGAAAUGUGAGGUCAUUUCUAUAAAGAGGCAAAAGUCUUUUUGAGGAAUAACACCUCAGUUCUAUAAAGAGAAACUGCUCAGAGAGCUUGGUACUUCCGAUCUUGUAAACAAACUCCUAACAAAGGCUAACAAGAGCUGAGUUACAAUGAGUAGUGUUCGUGAGAUUCCAAAAGAUCUCGUGGCUUUUUUGGCCGAAGAAGGGAAGGAUUACUGUGUAACUCAUGGCAUUGUUAUGGUAGCGAAGGAUUGUUACCACAGGGUCGAACAUGCACCAUUCACUCUUCUCCCCUCUCCUUUUCCAAAGCGAUUGUUCACCCAGGCGAAAGAGGUGCAGAAAGACUUCAAUCUCUUAGUUCACAAAGUCAGUCAGGACCAUGAAUUCCUCAAGGAAGCUCUUCAGAGCACCAUAGAAGUGGAUGCAUUUACUGCCAAAAUAUUUGAAAUUUAUGAAACAACAAGAAAUGAAGGACUCUCACAGCCCAUCUCCCUGGGGAUUUUCCGGUCUGACUAUAUGUUGGAUGGUACAAGUGAUAAGCCAGAAGAUCUUGCAAUCAAGCAAGUUGAAAUCAACACAAUUGCAUCCUCAUUUGGUGGAUUGAGUUCACAGAUGGGAGGACUUCACAACUUCAUACUGGAUCUUCAGAAUGGACCUGACCCAAGUUACAAAAAAAAGCUCCCUGAGAAUACAUCAGCCUUAGGUCUGGCAACAGGCCUAGUUGAUGCUUGGAAACUUUAUGGAAAUGAAAGUGCAGUAGCAAUGAUGGUAGUAUCAGAUGGUGAGCGAAACAGAUUUGAUCAGAGAUGGGUGCAACACCUCAUGAGACAAGUCCAUCCUUCAGCUCAAAUGAUAAGAAAAACCUUCAAUGAUAUAAGCAGGACAGGACAACUAAAAGAUGAUAAAACACUGAUAGUAGAAGGACAUGAGAUUGCUGUGGUAUACUUCAGGUGUGGCUAUGACCCAGAUAAUUAUGAAUCAGGCAUGGAUUGGGAGGUAAGGUUAAUGCUGGAACGAUCAAAAGCUAUCAAAUGUCCAUCAGCUGCAAUUCAUCUUGCUGGUACAAAAAAAGUUCAACAAGUGUUGGCUUCACCAGGAAAACUUGAAAGGUUUAUAUCAGAUGAAGAGGUGUUCAACAGGAUACGAAGCACUUUCACAGGACUUUACACAUUGGAUGAGGGUGCGGAUGGAGACAAAACAGUGCAAAUGGCUAUAAAAGAUCCUGACAGAUUUGUCUUGAAGCCACAGCUGGAAGGAGGAGGUAACAACAUUUUUGGAGAAGACAUUGUGAAAACAUUGACAGAGACAGUUGAUGUCAAGGAACGUUCAAAGUUCAUUUUAAUGGACAAAAUUCAGCCUCCGAUCACACAGAACUACAUUGUACGUGCAGAACUGGCUGAACCUGUCCUAGCGGAUGUUCUAAGUGAGAUUGGAUGUUUUGGAAUACUUAUCAGUCGUGGUGACGAGGUUAUGGUGAACAGAGAAGUAGGACAUCUCAUGCGCACGAAAAGCACGGCACAUCAAGACGGAGGCGUCUCGUCAGGGCGAGCAAAUCUGGACAGCCCGGUUUUAGUUUGACUUCUAACCACGAAUUGGUAGCUUUAUAGUUUAUACAAGUAUUCGUAAGCAAUAAUGCAUUGUAUUCCCCGUUCUUCACAUACCAUUUGAUAUCAUACAAUAUCAAUCAGAAAUAUUUUUAUGGCAUGUGCUUUCAUCUUAACAGUAUCAAAACAAUUCUUUACCACGUACAUUUAAAUGUUUCAUGCCUUCCAUCUCAUCCAGCAUUUAAGGAAAAAUGUAUUAAGUCAGUUAGUGAGUCACUCCAGUAAUCAUAAAUCAAAUCAAUAUAGAUCAGUUAAUUCAUAAAUCCGUCAAUCAAACUAUCUAUUUAUCAGUCGGGCAAUUAAUUCAUCCAUCCAUCCAGCCAGAAGUUAAGCUUGAUUCCCGUCACUCUCUAUGGUCCGGUCCCGUGGCACUCGGGACGGGAGGAGCGCGGGCUCCAUUUUCCGAACAGCAGUUGGUGAUCAAGUCCUGCUUGUGGGACAUCUAGGAGUAGUUUCCAAAAAAGAUAGUAUGUGUAAUUAAUCUGACAGGUAUAUAAUGUUAUCCAAACAAAUAAGAUAGCAAGUAAUGCCAGGAGCCAUAAUCGGGGACGGAGACCGUAAGCGCGCGCCAUUUCUAGUAUUGGGGUUGU